AUGACGGACUCUACCAAAUACAAAGUUCCGUCCAAUUUGAGGCCGCUUCUGGAGUCGUUUACGCGCGAAACGCUCCGCAAUCAACCCGGCGAUUUGGUUCAGUUUGGGCGGUUGUUCUUCGACACUUUGGCUGAUAUUCAGAAAGGUAGGUUAUGUGGAUUGUACAAAUGUACAGGGCGCGCCAAAAGUUCUGUUAUACAGAUUUUUAAUUAAAUAUGUUUGACAUCUAAAUACAGACAGACGGAAGACAAUGAAGACUUAACUUUUAUGAUUAUACAAUAAAAAACACGGAGAAUAAGCUAAAUUAAAAAGUUUUAAAUAAUUUAACCGCAACAUAGAGAAAGCGACCGGUAAAGUUUUGUAACAGAACUUUUGGCGCACCUUGUAUGUACUGUAUUAUGGCUAGGGGAUGAGUAAAAGAUGCCUUUCUUGACAGUAGCCUUACCAUGCCCUAACCCCUACUCUAGCUCUACUCUACCUUUUAUUUCGCCCAAUGCUAAAUAAAGAAAACUACAAACAACAUGUUAGGUGUUUCAAAUAAUUCUGAGCUACCUAACCUUGCAAAUUUGCUUUGAGAAGAAGCUCAGGAGUUUUUGAACAACCAAUAGUAAAAAAAUUGCCUACAAAAUGUCACAAAAAAUUUUUAAAAAUUCAUUUUUAAACAAAUAUGUUUAAAGCUUCAUUGACCAUGAAUUAUGUUUAAAUUUAGAAUUGUUAAUUACGGUCUAUAAAACAUAUUAACGCGACUUACAUACGUUAGACUAGGUUAAUCUUUGAACCAUGUUCAGGGAUUUUUAGUUUAAUUUUACCCUACCGUACUAUAACUAUACGUAGUAAUAAGUAGAUUUUAUUGUAGCCAUAGCUAUGUAAUACAAGACGCUGUGUGUUACUUUCAUCUAUAGUUUCAUGUUAGCUCAAAGCUUUAAGUUAAGUAUAGGCUAAUCAUAGCCUUAUUAGGGCUUUUUUCAGCCAUAUUCUUGGCUUAUCUUCACAGGCUUAUCAAAACCUUUUAUGGUCCUUUUUCAGCUAUAUUUUUGGCUUAUUGUCACACGCUUUUUAUAGCCUUACUCUAGCUCUAUUCUAGCUUAACCUUGUCUUCAGCCUCCGCCCUAGUCUUAGUCCUAGCACCUGCUUUUUUCUAAUACUAUAUGUGCACUUGUUGCGAUAGAAUAGUUGUAAACAUAACCUUACUUUCUAAAAGUGUAAGAUUUGAUGAAAAAUUAAUUUCUUUUUUAAAUUUCUCAAUUUCUAAUCCGAGCCCACCCUCAAUUUUUAAUUAUUUGGCUGGUGCACGUUCACUUCUUUACACCAGUGUCUAUAUUAACGUUUACACCUUGAUGGCUUUUAAGAUUUUAAAGGCAUAAAAACUUGUUUUUACAUGAAUACGGACUAAAAAUGACUUUUGUAAAGAAAGUUUUUUGUAAUUUUGUGUUUUGUAAAGAAAGAUUUUGUCAUUUUUUGAUUUGUAAAGAAAGCUUUUUGUAAUUUUUUGUUUUGUAAAGAAAGCUCUUGCCAUUUUUUGUUUUGUAAAGAAAGUUCUUGCCAUUUUUUGUUUUGUAAACACAGUUCUUGUUAGUCCGGCCAAAGGCUAACUUUAUAUGUUAUCAAACUCAAUAGCUUGACUAUUAUAAUAACGUUUCCCGAACAUAUACGACACUUCCUCGAGCUUAUUAUAUGCCGCUUUUAAAGUUGAGUUAACUCAAUUGCAAGCAAUAAAAACUUUCGGAAACAUUAAGGGCACGUCAAAAGCGAUGCAUAACAUCAUGUUUGCUUUUCCUGGCUUUACUCAUACUUGAUUUGAAGGGCUGGGUUAAUAGUUAUAAUACUUUAUAAAGUAAAAAUAGGCGUAGAUUAAACGCCAGGUUUAAGUUGAGACUUAAGCUAGACGUGUUAUGCUGAGGUAGGGCUAAUGUAGAAUAAGGCAAAAUGCAGUAAAAAUGAAGUAAGAAAAGCUUAGGCAAACGCUAACGGUAACACUAAGGCUAAAGCUAGCGGUAAGGCUGAGUCUAAGCUUAAGAUUAAGCCUAAGUGUAAGCCUCAGUGUAAGCCUAAGCCUUAGCCUUAGCCUAAGCCUAAGCCUAAGUUUAAGCUUAAGCCUAAGCCUAAGUUUAAGCCUAAGCCGAAUCCUAAGCUUAAGCCUAAGCCUAAAAAGACUUAAAGGUUUUAGUCAAACUUACAAAUAUUUUUUAAUAAAGCUAAGUUGGUAGAAUUAAAAAUAUUACACCCUCUUGGUUUAUACUUAAUUGGUCGAUAUUUUUAGUGCGUUUUUAUUGUCACGGAAUACUACACGUUGUAGUUGAUGUUAUUCUUUCUUGUGUUUUGUGGGUUUUGGCCCUGCUUUUUGUUUUUACGGCCGUAUUUUAGCUUUUUUACAGUUUAAAAGCAAAAAAAAUUUAUGGCAAGAACUUUCUUUACAAAACAUAAAAUGGCAAGAACUUUCUUUACAAAACAUAAAUGGCAAGAACUUUCUUUACAAAACAUAAAUGGCAAGAACUUUCUUUACAAAACAAAACUGGCAAGAACUUUCUUUACAAAGCAAAAAAUGGCAAUAACUUUCUUUACAAAACAUAAAUGGCAAGAACUUUCUUUACAAAACAAAAAACGGCAUGAACUUUCAUUACAAAACAAAAAACGGCAAGAAGUUUUUUUACAAACUAAUCUCUAUUGGUUCAACACCAAUAUACUCUCGGGCAGUACAAUCCUGUCUUUUUAACACAAAACCUCUGUUAAUCCACUUAGUAAUAUUACAACAAUUGAACAUUCCAGAACACCACUUUUACGUAUUUUAUGUGUGAAAAGUUUCGAGAAAACUUCCAAAAAUGCGUUUUUAUGAAAUGUGUUAUCAUAUCUAUUUUUGGUUGAUAAACGAGCAUGGCUAAUGAGAGAUUAAUCUCGUAUUAAGUUAGAGGGGAGAGGAAGUGUGAAGAUGCCCAAUUGGUAAAUUUUUAACUAAGCCGUGGUUAGGGGAAAGGUAUAUUAUAUAGUUAUAAGUGGUUGGGUGAUACGAUAAACACAAUCUUUUGUUAGGGCAAGGCAUGAAAUAGUAAGAAAAAGAGUUGGGUGUGGGUUGAUUUGUGGAAGGGUUAGGUAGGUCGUUUUUAAGUGUAGGGCGUGGCAAGAUAAAUCUUCAGACAGUGUUAAGUAUAGACAUGAAGAACUGGCAAGCCGGUCCGGCCCGGCCCGUUAGGAUAGUGUAAUGUAAGAUAGGGUAGGAUAGGGUAGGAUAGGGUAGGGUAGGGUAGGGUAGGGUAGAGUAGGUUAAAGUAGGUUAGAGUAAGGUAGGGUAGAGUAGGGUAGGAUAGGGUAGGAUAGGGUAGGGUAGGGUAGAGUAGGUUAAAGUAGGUUAGAGUAAGGUAGGGUAGAGUAGGGUAGGAUAGGGUAGGAUAGGGUAGGGUAGGGUAGAGUAGGUUAAAGUAGGUUAGAGUAAGGUAGGGUAGAGUAGGGUAGGGUUAUGGUAGGGUAGGGUAGGGUAGGGUAGGGUAGGGUAGGGUAGGGUAGAGUAGGGUAGGGUAGGAUAGGGUAGGGUAGGGUAGGGUAGGGUAGGGUAGGGUAGGGUAGGGUAGGGUAGGGGUAGGGUAGGGUAGGGUAGGGUAGGGUAGAGUAGGUUAAAGUAGGUUAGAGUAAGGUAGGGGAGGGUAGAGUAGGGGAGGGUAGGGGAGGGUAGGGUAGAGUAGGGUAGGGGAGUAGGGGAGUAGGGUAGGGGUAGGGUAGAGUAGGGUAGGGUAGGGUAGGGUAGGGUAGGGUAGGGUAGGGUAGGGUAGGGUAGGGUAGGGUAGGGUAGGGUAGGGUAGGGUAGGGUAGGGUAGGGUAGGGUAGGGUAGGGUAGGGUAGGGUAGGGUAGGUUAAAGUAGGUUAGAGUAAGGUAGGGUAGAGUAGGGUAGGGUUAUGGUAGGGUAGGGUAGGGUAGGGUAGGGUAGGGUAGGGUAGGGUAGGGUAGGGUAGGGUAGGAUAGGGUAGGGUAGGGUAGAGUAGGUUAAAGUAGGUUAGAGUAAGGUAGGGUAGAGUAGGGUAGGAUAGGGUAGGAUAGGGUAGGGUAGGGUAGAGUAGGUUAAAGUAGGUUAGAGUAAGGUAGGGUAGAGUAGGGUAGGGUUAUGGUAGGGUAGGGUAGGGUAGGGUAGGGUAGGGUAGGGUAGAGUAGGGUAGGGUAGGAUAGGGUAGGGUAGGGUAGGGUAGGGUAGGGUAGGGUAGAGUAGGGUAGGGUAGGGUAGGGUAGGGUAGGGUAGGAUAGGGUAGGGUAGGGUAGGGUAGGGUAGAGUAGGGUAGGGUAGGGUAGGGUAGGGUAGGGUAGGGUAGGGUAGGGUAGGGUAGGGUAGGGUAGGGUAGGGUAGGGUAGGGUAGGGUAGGGUAGGGUAGGGUAGGGUAGGGUAGGGUAGGGUAGAUUUCAUUUUUAAAAUUCAAAAACAAAAAAUUUUUAUUGUUGUUAUGAUGUGAUGACUAAUAUUUCACUUAAAUCACGCUUCAAAAUCUUGUAAUUGAUUAUUCAUUCAAACAAAGAAGAAAUGCUUUUGCCGCAAUUUGUUCUUUCAAAUGUUGAAAAGAUUUGAUUAGUUGUCAUAUUUAUGGAAACAUGUUGUUAUGGAAAGAAAAGGCUGCUUUUUGAGGUUUCUUUAAUAUUAUUUUAGUUGGAAGUUGCUUUUAUACGGAAGGGAGUGGGGUGAGAAGCAGGAUGGGAGAUAGGAAGUACGAAGGUCUUUUUAAUAAGGGUAUUUUAAGUUUUUUCUAUGAAAUUUGAGAAAAGUUUAGGGUCAAAUUAUAAUCGGUAGAUAGUUCUGAUUGUGUGAUACUCACAAAUUCUUACCUUUUUUAGAAUCUUAAUGUACUUUAAAAUUUUGUAAGCACUGUUAUGCGUCUAAAGCUUGUGUUGCUCCAGCUUAAGUGUAAGAUUAAGCUUAAGUUAAAAUUUGACGUUUAAGCCUAAGCUUAAGCCUGAACCUAAGCAUGAGCAUUAGUCUGAGCCUGCAUCUGAGCUUGAGUCUGCACCUACUUGUGAGCAUGAGCAUGACAUUAAGCAUGAGUAUGAGCCUGAGCCUGAGUCUGAGCCUGAGCCUGAGCCUGACCCUGAGCCUGAGCUUGAGCUUGAGCUUGAGCCUGAGCCUGAGCCUAAGCCUGAGCUUGAGCCUGAGCCUGAGCCUGAGCCUGAGCCAGAGCCUAAACCUAAGCCUAAGCCUAAGCCUGAAGCUGAGCCUGAGUCUGGGCCUAAGCCUAAACCUAAGUCUAAGGCUAAACUUACGCCAAAGCCUAAGUUUAAGCUUAAACCCAAACUUAAACCUAAGCCUAAACCUAAGCCUAAACCUAAGCUUCAGCCUAAGUUCAAGUGUAAGCUUCAGACUAAGUUUAGGCUUAAGAUUCAGCUGAAAAAUAAAAACAAGCAAAUCAAAGCCUGAAGUUAAACCUAAACUUCAUUUAUAUAAUUCCUAAGCUUAAGUCAUGAAUUUCAAAAACAUCAUAUCUGUCACUCCAAACCAAAAGUUUUAAAAAUAGUUGCUCAUGGAAUAUUUUGGGUUAUUUCGAGUAUUAUCUUUAACACUUCCGCUUUUCUCAUACCCACAGUCUUUAUAUUCCUCCCCCUCCCGCUCUUCAAAAGUCAUCGUGAAGGCGACGAGGCUUAACUUGUUUUGCGAGUAUCAAAAGUACUCGUACUCUUGGCUUCUACGUUCAUCUUGGGCUUUUACUGUGACUUAAGCGUAUUGUUAUAGGUUGGUGAGGAUGGCAAGUUUAAGUCUUUAUAAAUGAGUGGUUGGUAUAAAUAGAAAAUUUGGUGAUUUUAAAGUUAUAUAGAGAUACGGGCGCGUGAUUUUAGUUUUGAUGGGUGAGGGGGGGGAGAGAGUGGAUAGUAGGAGGUGGAGAAGGAAGAGUUGGCGAUGUUAGGGAGGGUAGGGUAACAAACUUGUCUGAAAAUGACUGCUUUAAAAUUUUUGUGCGUUUAGUCCCCCUCCCUCUUUUUACUUUACUCCUCCCCUCCCCUCCCUCAUCUUUCUUAAAUUUACCCCUUCGACUGAUUUUUUUUAUCACUUAUUGUUUGAUAUCUCUUAUACUUCUACAAAGUAAAAUAUAUAAAUCACCAUACAAAUAUAAAUGCCAUUCUUUACAGAACACAAAAGUGACGUAAUCACAGACGAAAAAGCUUACUACGCAUUCCGUUCAGCGCUCCAGAAUAACAUAAAGAAUCCUCUGAAAACCAAGGCGUUCUCCCAACCCGAUUCUAAUUCCGAUUCGAAACAAGGUUCAAUCCCGUCCACUCAACGUGCUCCUCACCCCACCGUGAUGCAGAUUCAACAACCGUCGGCUCCUGGCUCAUCUAACAACAGCCGUCCGUCUACGCCAGCGGAAUUGGCCGCUGCAACCAAGAUUCAGGCAGCUUAUCGGGGACAUUUUGUAAGUUAUUCAUUUUGCACGGUAGGGCUAAGGCUAGGGUUCAGGUUAGGGUUAGAGCUAGAGCUAGAGUUAGAGCUAGAUCUAAAGCUAGAGAUAGAGCUAGAGUUAGAGCUAGAGCUAGAGCUAGAGCUAGAGCUAGAGCUAGAGCUAGACCUAGACCUAGAGCUAGGACCAAUGUCAGGUCCAGGGCCAAGGCUACGGCCAAGGCUAGGGGUAAGGCCAGAGCUACAGAUAGGGUAAUUUAUUGGUAUUUAACUAGAGAUUAAGUUUGUUUAGCCGUUCCAACUAUCUACAAUAUUCGUUUUUCUAUUGCCCUAAUCUCCACUUUUACUCAGUAGAAUUUCGCUGUAAUCUGUUUUUACGAAUUCAAUGUAAAUAAUUAACAGUUCGUGUUAAUGUACUGCAUUGUAGCUUGAAAACAAAGCUUUAUUUGGUGAGCACAAACAAGGUUUUAGUUUGAAGCGCGUUUGAUCACUAGUAUAAUAUUUGGGAUUAAUUUUUGAAUUUUAAAUUUCUUCAUUUUUGGUUGGGAAAUUUGGGCUUUUUCUAUUUUGGUUAUCAAUAACACCUCGGGUUUAAGCUGCGUUUUUAUAGUUGGUGUGGGUUUUUAGUUUUAAGAGUUUUUUUGAUUUUUAGGGUUUGCUGUAGACUUCUUUUACAAAGCAAAAAAUGCCAAAACUUUUAGAGAAUGUUAUGCCUAGUACGUCUAUUAGUACUAAUAUAGCCUUUUCAAGCUCAACAUUACUAAUUUUACACCGAAAAUCAAAUUUUGUUAAACUUGCGCGUAAGCCUAAACGGAAGCCUAAGCUGAAGCUUAAGCUGAAGCCUAAGCUGAAGCCUAAGCUGAAGCCUAAGCUGAAGCCUAAGCUGAAGCUUAAGGUGAAGCCUAAGCUGAAGCCUAAGGUGAAGUUCAAGUUGAAAUUUAAGCUAAAGCUUAAGUUGAAGACUAACCUAAAGCCUACGCUAGUUCCUAAAACUCAACUGAAGCCUAAGUUUUUGUAUUUUUAUAUUCUAUCUACGCACUUUUUGACCCGUCCUUUCUAUAUAAAUAUUUAUUAAACAUUGUGAACAAUAUAAUCUUCUUUCAGGUACGUAAUCAUCCGGAAAAGUUCGGCAUUGACACAAUGGAUUAUACACGUAGAAGCUCAACUGACCGAUUACAUUCUGCUGACAAUAAGAAGGACCUUAAGUAGGUCUAAUUAUCUUUUAAUCUGGGGUUUUGAGGGCUUUGUUAAUGAUUUGAAUUUUUUUAUAAAAAAAAAUGAAAUUUAGGUUUAAAAAUUGAUUUUUUCAAAGAAAAAACUCGACCGUAUUUUACAAAAAUAAUACAAUUUUAGAAGACACUCUGUCGGAGGCUACACGUUGGAAGGGUUGACUAACUCUCCUGACGAUCGAGCUGCCACUCGAAUUCAAGCCGAAAUUCGUGGCUAUUUAGCCAGAAGACAUGUUGAAGCUAUGAAACAAAAGAAUUUAGAGGCUGCUACUAAAAUACAAGCACAUGUUCGGUGGGUGUUAGAAAUGUUUAUAAAUUUUUAAAUUUAAUAAAAAGUUAGCAUUUUUUUGAUAAUACUAGUACUAGUAGGACACUAAUUUUGUUAAGAUUAUAGGGUGGAGUAGGGUAAGUAAAGUUAGGGUAGGUUAGUGUUUGCAAAAGACCAGAAAAAGACAUUUUUUAAAUUAUUUUUGCAAUUUUUUUAAAAUUUGGUAUUAAUGGUACCACUGGUACAGUUGGUACAAAAAAAUUAUAAAAUGCCUUUUUAUGUUAAACACUGUUUUUAAGGUUUUUUAAACUUUUUUACAAUUGGUACUAAUGGUACCAUUGGUACACAUGGUACACUUUAUAAACUUUUAAAAGUGUACAUUGUUACUUUUUGGACAAAUUGUUUAAUUUUUAAAAGUUAGUAAUAGUUUAUACUGUAGCUUUAUCAUUUAUAGAGGCUAUUUGACCCGCAAGAAGCUCCACGAUGGUGAUGAUAGCCCAGCCCGUCGACAAAGCGUAAAUUCCAAUGCUUGA